CGUGUUCACUGCUGUUUAGUGCCACCCAGGUAGGAGGUGUACAGUAUGUUAUCUCAGCAAACAACAAGGAAACGAAACCUGUACGUGAGAAACACAACCUGACAUGGCUCACACUCGCACAUUGUUUGUCUAUUGGAUUUUGAUCCACUGUUUUGAUGAAGCCUGGUCCUGGGAUGCGGUGGUGGUGAAGAGCUCAGUGUUCGUCCAGUCCGGUUCAGCAGCCGAGCUCUCCUGCAGCUACAACACACAUGCUUCACAAGGCUUCACUCUGGAGUGGCGUUAUGCUGCUCCCGGUACUCCCGCCGUUCAAGCAAAGAGGGUGUUGUACUAUAAUGGGAAACUAUACUGGGUGAACUCUUGGGAGAGCAGAAUGGCUUUAGUGCAGAAUCCUCCAGUGUCUGGUGUUGCCUCGGUGAAGAUCCACAGCGUUCAACCCAGUGACAGUGGACUGUAUAUAUGUGACAUUACCAAUCCAAACGACUGGUCUGGAAGUGGGCAGGGUCUCAUCAACCUGACUGUGCUGGUGGCUCCAUCGGUGCCUGUAUGUGAGCUAAGUGGCCACACCUACGUGGGGGAUGAUGUCACACUUACAUGCCACAGCUCUCAGGGGGUACCUAUACCUAUCUAUACCUGGAACCGAGAGAAAGACACAGGCCCUCUGCCCCCCAACAGCAUUGUAGCAGAUCAGCGUACUGGUUCUCUUCUCUUGUCCAACCUUUCUACUGUCUUUACUGGAACAUACACAUGCCGAGCUUCCAACAAUCUGGGUGAGGCUGCGUGCAGCAUCGCUGUGAAAGUGGCACACGGCAGCACUGCAGCAGUGGUUGGUGGAGUGCUGAUGGGAGUUUUUCUCUUAGUCCUACUCGUUGCAGCAGCGGCUGUUUAUUUUUUCUUCUGCUACAAGAAGAGAGCUUGCAGCGGUACAGAGAACAAACUGAGUAGGAAGAAUGUCGAUUCAUCAGUGAAGCGCCUGUCAACAGGUCCUCUGCUUUCUGCUCAUUUUGAUGGUGAUCAGCCUCCACAGCUCAGAGUCUCUCACCUCAGCCCACUGGUGUAAAAGUGGACUGCUCAUUCAUGACUGUACAUGCACAAAUGAAUUCAAUCAAUAUGUAACAGUUUUAAAUUUCCUAAUAUACUUUGUUAUUUUUGGUGAAUAUUAAGUAUAUAAACCCUCCCAUUUAGCAUUAGGGAAGAUAUUAAAACAUACAAAAUAGACAAUAAGAUUUUUAGCCCCUUAUUACAGUGAUACAAGAACCACCUGAAAACUACUCUGAUAAAACAGUAUUCAAUCCAAAUGUAUAUACAAUUCACCUGGUGGAAGAAGUUAAUCCACUGAACGGGAAAGGAUGCAGGAGGUAAAAGAGUUGCAUUUGCUUUUAGUUGCAAUUACUUUUGAUUUUCACUGAUUUAAUCUAGGUGACCUCCACAUUCAUGAGCCUUGGUGCACAUCUGGGAGGAAAAAAAAAAACAUCUGUUUUCUUUGCCUGAUAGGCUUAGGUCUUGAUCGUCAUUUGCAAUAUAAUUUGUAAUGCUGGGUGUAGUAAACUGCUGAAUAAUAUGUGUACUAAUCGAUUAAAGGAACAACCCAAUACUCCUCAGAGGCCAUCACAACCCAAAAUCCAACUUUGGGUACAACAUAAAAACACAUCAGCUGUAUCAUUAUCAUAUGAUAAUGGGUUAUUGUGUGAAUUGUAAACUGUUUUUUGUUCCACAGAAAAUUUCGCAUAAAUGUUUACUUGGUUUCAUAUAGUACAUGAGACAUGGUAUCAUGUAAAAAUGAAUUACAAUUCACAAGGUUUAUUUCUACACAUCAAUAAACACGACAAAUUAUAAGUAACAAACCAGCAAUUAAGAUAGAAUCUUAUUUUUUUGUCAUUUAUACUGUCGAUCAUAAAAGAAUGAAAAAAUAGCAUUUAUGUAUCUAAUUUUUUCUGUUUUUUUUUUUUUUUGGGGGGGGUUGUUGCGGCCAAAAAUGCUUGAUUUUGCUGUGGCGUUUUUAAAAAUUUGCGAUGCAAGUUGCUGAGUUUUUUUUGUGGGUUUUGUUUUUUUGGAAAACUUCUUGAAUUGGUGAAAUUGCAAUUGCACAAAACUGUUUCACAGUGAUAUUUGUUGGUAAAUGAGACCUUUUAGCUGUGCUCAUGUUCAACGCACUUGAAUCGAAGAGGGCUUUGGCUGAAUGCGUGUUGUGGUGACAUCACGACACGUCUUGGCCCAAAGUUGCAGAAAAUCUGCGAUAAUUUUGAAUAUUGCGUUUGCUCGAUUUCGCAUUAAUAUCUGCGAUCACAAAAUUCCCAAUUAAUAUUAGAUAAUAUCCCGGUUAAUAUUCCCAAUGCACUCAAUAUUAGAAGCAUUAUAUGAGUUUUUAACUCAAAUAUAAUGCAGGAUCAUUCUAUGUUUUGGCUUUGGGAGGAGUUGUGUACAGCAAGUUACAGGGAUUUUGGAAGGAACAAAGUUGCAAAAUAGUAUAAAUUUCAGUCCAACUAUAUUUCUAAUAUUUUGGUAACCACACCACAUGUUGGUGAGUGAAUACAUCUUUUGACACAGUUUGCUCUGAAGUGUGUUAUUAAAUUUUGAAAAAUAUAAUCUA